GCGAAAGUCAACUUCCGCAAAAUCUGCUGUAACUCCUGACUGUCCUUCAGCGAAAACAAUGACCACUACUACCACCAAAAUUCCUACCUCCUUAAAUAUUCCUAAACAAGAAUCGAUAGUUGAAGAAACAAAGCCUAGUUCCGAUAUCGGAAAUCCAAAUGUUAAUCCACUUGAAUCUGACAAAUGUAAAAAUUCUUCUAACCCAAUUACAACGUCUCCUUUUAAGGAUCCAAUGAAGGGAAAUUAUGAUUCAUCAUAUAUAUACCAUAAUAAUAUUUAUGAUUCUCGCCCUCUAAUUAAUAUUGUUCCUGCAAAAUCGUCGUCUGUAAAUGAUGUAAAGAAGUCGAUUAAUAAUGAUAGUAAUAUUCUUGGUCCUCCAAUUAUUAAUAUAGUUCCUACUAAAUCUUCUUUGCCUGUAAAAAUUAAUCAAUCAAACCAUGAUGAACCUUUAAUAUCUGUUCCUCAUACUUUAUCAAAUCUUCCUUCUUCUUCUUCUAUAAAUCCUCCCAUAUCUUCACCCUUGGAAAAUAAAUUUCGUCGGAAUAGAAGUUCAACUAUAGUUAGUAUGAAUUCUUUCCCAAGGCCUAAGAGUUCUGCUAUAGGAAAUUCCGUGACAGCGAUUGUUAGUGAAGAUACUACCUGUACAAAACAUCCCCGAAAACGUCAACUUAAACGCAUGGGAUCUGCACCUACUUUAAACAUUCCUUUUAUGCCUGUGACUAAGAAUUUAAAUAAAAUUUCUUCGACAAAGUCAAUGACGAAUUUGAAUGGAUUUGAAGCUAAUUCAGAUAGGGAAACUCCGAAACAAUAUCUUGAAAGAAUGAUGUAUAGUAUUUCGAGAUCAAAGUUGGUUACUAUAUUAGCUCAAAAAGCCGAUGCCUUUCAUCAAUAUGCUCUUAAAGCUUAUAUGGAAUCUUUUGAAUUUGAAAAAGUCCCUAUUGAUCUUGCCUUAAGGAAACUUUUAAUGGAUUGCAAUUUACCAAAAGAAACUCAACAAAUUGAUCGUGUUAUAGAAGCAUUUGCGAAAAGAUAUCAUGAAUCAAAUCCUGAUUUAUUUCCUUCUGCAGAUACACCUUAUAUUCUUGCUUUCUCUUUAUUAAUGCUUCAUACAGAUGCUUAUAAUAAAAGCGUGAGACGAAAGAUGACUAAGGAAGAAUUUAUCAAGAAUACUCAUACCAAUGGUAUUCUUUAUGAUAAUAUCACUUUUGCUCAAUUUAUAUAUGCUCAAGAUGAUACUGAUGUUAAUG